UCCUCCAUUUCCAGCCACACCAUAAAAGCUGAGGAAAAUUGAUUAAAAUUGAGCUCUCCCUUCUUUUAAAAUUGAUUAAAACGAAUGAAUUUGGCGGUGAGAGAGCUUUCCGUUCCGGUGGUUCGAGCCUUCGUUUGGACGGCGAGGGAGAAGGAGUCCGAAGCAAUACGACGUCGUAGAGCACUGAGAAGGUUUGAUAAUGAGUUAGAAAAGGGAAAUUACAAGGCCGCUCACUCUCUUUUGAAGCAAUUACAGCACAAACCCCGAGGCCUACUUGGUUUCGGCUCUGUUAAACUGGUGGUGCCUAAAAGAAUACCAACACAAGAACUACAUAUGGAUAAUUCAGCGUCUUUUGAAUCUUUAGCUGAUUCGAUUCUGCGUUCAAUUAAACAUAGCAUCGAGUUUGCUCGGGUAGAUGAGGAUGUCUUAUUGACGGGAAUAGAAGAUUCUAUGGGGAGUGAAAAUUAUGAUCCUCCUUAUGAAGAUCAUCAAAUGUGUUUGCAAGAGGUGCAUUUUUUGCAGCAUGAGGCUGGGCAUUUUCUUGUUGGUUACUUGGUCGGCGUCUUACCAAGAAGUUAUCAAGUACCUAAUGUAGAAGAUAUUAUACAUGACAAGUUUGCUCAAGGAAAUGUGCAGUUUCUUGGCUUUGAAUUUCUCAAACAAGUUGACAUUGAUACUAUAUCUAGCAAAAAGUUUACCCAAGGCAAGGAAAUCAGGGCCAACAUCUCAUCCCGGACUUUGAACAAGUUUUUGUGUGUGAUACUGGGAGGGUUAGUAGCGGAGCACCUGGUAUUUGGAUACUCAGAAUUACUUCACUCAGAUGUUCAACAGCUGGACAGAGUGCUAAGAUGGUUGUGCUUUAAUGAGAAUGAAGCUGACUCUGUGAUAAGAUGGGCUGUAAUUACCACUUUGUCAUUAUUAUGUCAUCAUCACGGGGCUCGAUCAAGAUUAGCAGAGGCCAUGAACUCGAGAAGAUCCAUUGGCUAUUGUAUUGAUGCGAUAGAGAGUGCUCUGUGAGGCCAUGACGAUUAGUCAGUAACCUAAACAAGCCACUUAUGUUGCUCGGACUCUUCAAAGAUGUUGCUGGUGCGUGUGAGAUCCUUCAAAAGUAGUGUAUGAGGCCAUGAGGAUUAGUCAACAACCUAAACAAGCCACGUAUGUUGCUCGGACUCUCCAAAGAUGUUGCCUGGUGCGUGUCGGAUCCUUCAAAAGUAGUGUAUUUUCGGAGGAUUCGACACGGGUGCGGCAACAUUUUGGAGAGCCCGUGCAACAUAGCAAGCCACUGUCUUGAGAGACCACAUCAUUUUUAAUUCAAAACCUUUUCCUCACCAUUCUCUUUCAGCAUCAGAAUGUCAAUAGAAAAGGAAAAGUGACGUCCAAUGGUCAAGAUCAGAAGAUCACCUUAUUUAGUGUUUGGAGUUCUUCUUGGUCAAGAGUUAUAUAAAAUAAAAGGAGAAGAUCCUCCCGUUUCAAGUUUGAAAUAGUUUUCCUUCGUGUUAAGCUGAAUUGGAGGAAUUCGUUGUGUUUCUUAUU